ACAGUCAUUUGUUUUGAGGAAGAAACCCGUGCGCUGGGCGGCCAUGUUGUAGUAGGUGGGCUGAAGGCGAGCCGGUCGCGUGUGUGCAAGACAAAGAUUUUUUGUGUGGAAGUUGUAGUUUCGCGUUUGGUGUACUAAUAUUUUUGGUGCAGUGAUAGUUUAUGCAGCUUCAUUUGCUGACCAACAGCGAAGUGCAACAUCAGGCAACGUGUACAGAGAAGAAUAGUUCGUGUUCUGAGCCAGAUGAAUCCAGUCCACACGCUGUUUAAGUGUUGAGCGAAACCGUCGCCAGGGUGCAGCAAUGUAGCAAACAGUCCUUUGGCAAAUCUUUACAUUGGAGGCCUAUUUACAGUAAUUAUCUUCGGAGUUCAACAAAUUUUGCAAAGAAGAUCAGAAGAGGGAGAGAGGGAGAAAGAUGAAGAAUUUACUGUCCGUUGGCUGCAUCAACUGCAGCUCUUUUUGUAGCUAGAAGCAUUCUGCGUAACUGUUACGAAGUAUAUCUUCAUUAUGGCAGAUGAUACGGGAGAUCCAAGUCAGUCAAAUGAACGGCCUAUUUCACACAUUCCUUCUGACGAAGCCUUGGAAAGAGAUUUGGAGGAGGUUGCAGGAAAGUCAUUGUGUCUUCGAAAUGAUGGGUCUAAAACAACUAAUGCGAUCUCACCAAGCAAGCGUGAUGAAAUUGACAACUCUAACCUCCAUUAUGAAGAAAGUGUUUGUGUUUACACAAAUCCAGUAACAAAGGAUCAGUAUAUUUGGGACUCUAAUAAACAUGAAUGGGUAGUACGAUCACAUGGAAUAGUACCUUCGGGAGAAGGUAGUUUAGAGAAAUGUGAGGACCAUGUGUUAAAGCCUGAAACUGAAGUGCAAAAUACAAAUCCAGAAAGUGUUGGCCUACUUCAUUGUCCGCCAUAUUAUGAUAAAAUAUCCAGCAAUGAUUAUGAGUUUGAUGGCGAAUCUUAUUGCUAUAAAGAUCCCAAAACAGGUGUCACUUACAAAUUUGAUAACAGUAAACAGUCGUGGGUGGUAAAAGAUGACGAUUGUGGUGCAUGUAAUGAAGAAUGUGUUGAAAGUGGUGACAGUGUAAUAAAGCAAGAUAUGAGUUCAGGUACGUACGGUUAUGAGGGAGAUACUCAUACGUACACUGACGCAACGGAUGGAACUGUUUAUAUAUGGGACAGAGAGAGGAAUGCCUGGUUUCCUAAGGUGGACGACGAUUUCUUGGCACUGUACCAGAUGAACUAUGGAUUUACUGAAGCCAGUACUCCUGCUUCAGCAGGGAAGGAAGCUGAUGAUGGAGAUAAAAAGGAAACUAGUGAUGAACAGCUGGGAGUCAAGAGGAAGGCAGGCCCUCAAGAGCCCAGUUGGUUUGAAAUGGAUGACGAACAUAACACAAAAGUGUAUGUGAGCAAUUUGCCAUUGGAUAUCACAGAUCAGGAGUUUUUAGAUGUGAUGCAGAAGUGUGGGCUUGUGAUGAAGGAUGCGGAAACAGGCAAGAUGAAGAUAAAGCUGUACACAGAGCCAGACACCAAUCAGCUCAAAGGGGAUGGCUUGUGCUCUUAUAUUAAGAUAGAAUCUGUGGAUCUAGCCUUGAAACUUUUAGAUGGCUGUGAGGUUCGUGGCCAUAAGCUGCAUGUGGAAAGAGCAAAAUUCCAAAUGAAGGGUAAUUAUGACCCAAAUCUGAAACCUAAGAAACAGAAGAAAAAGGUUAAAGAGAAAUUAAAGAAAAUGCAAGAAAAGUUAUUUGACUGGCACCCUGAUAAGCUGCGUGGUGAAAGAUCAAAACAUGAAAAGGUUGUCAUUGUAAAGAAUUUAUUUGAUCCAGCUAUCUUUGAUAAAGACGUGUCCUUGCUGUUAGAAUUCCAACAAGAUUUACGUGAAGAAUGUUCAAAAUGCGGCACUGUUAGAAAAGUGGCCAUUUAUGAUAGACAUCCUGAGGGAGUUGCACAGAUAACAUUCAGGGACCCUGAAGAGGCAGAUGCUUGUGUUACCCUUCUGAAUGGACGUUGGUUUGGACAGAGGAAGAUAACAGCUGAAACAUGGGAUGGUAAAACUAAAUAUAAGAUUGCUGAAACAGAUGUUGAAGUCCAGCAGCGGUUACAGAAGUGGGAUAAAUUUUUGGUAUCAGGAGAAGUUGCAGCUGGAGAAAAUAAAACUUAUCGUACAGAAAAUGUAACCAGUGCAAGUAAUGAAGAGCAGAAGGGUGUUGUUAAGAAUUAUGUCAAUACUUUAUAGAUAAACAAGAUUCAAGGUAAAAAGUAUUUGCCAGAGGUCAUUUAGUUUGUGGAUGCUUAGUUACAGUUUAUGGUGAACUGGUAAGAGGAGCUUGGUAUUAAUGCUAUUGAAGUUGGCUGUCUUCUGGUUGUUGCGCUGCAGCAAGGACCUCUACAACAUCGGUACCGGACUGACUACACGGUGCAAAAACCCAGAAAACAGCCUCACCAACUUGAAAACCUUAAAUCUUACAUUAGUGCUCUUGUUCAACAUUUUAUGUUGUUUUAACAGUACCUUCCUAAGUGAUUACAGUAAUUGUAUAUUCAUCAGCACACUACUUGGUGUGUGAGCUACUGUUACGAGCAGUUCAUAAUAAUUACAGUAGAAGUCUUGGUCGCACCUUCCUGAAAACUUCUUGGGUUUCAUUUCGGAAUGGCACGAACUUUUGUGCAUUCAAGGACAUGACUCAUAUGUGUUUUUAAUGACUAGUAGAACUGCCCACACUCCCAGUUGUUUACCAAUACCUGUUAUGUGUUGAACAAAAGUUUAAUAAAUCAUGUCACUCUGUCAUGAGAAA